AUGGAAGAUCUAAAGGAGAUCCUUGCCAUUCGUGCACAAGAAGAGGAGAUUGACCUCAGCCCAGAUGCGCUCGCUCUUUUAACUAAGAUUGGACAGGAAUCCGGCCUACGCUACGCCAGCAACAUCAUCGCGACUUCAACCCUCCUCAGCCAAAAGCGGAAAUCCAAAGAAGUCGGAAUUGAAGAUAUCAAGCGCAGCUAUAGCCUUUUCUAUGAUCCUGCACGAAGCGUCAAAUUUGUCAACGAGUUUGAAAAACGGUUUAUCAGUGAUGCCGGGAAUGUCAGCUUUACUACGGCUGCAGUCAAUGGCGGCGAUCCUAUGGAAGUCUCUUAA